AGGGCCCUGGACAUUAAGAAAAAGAAGAAAAGAAGCAAUGCAAGCUUUCGGCACGCGCCGCCAAACGGCGGCUCGUUUCCGAAUCAACAGGCAGAGAGAUAAAGAGACAAGCAUAAUCGUCCAUGUACUCCUUUUAAUAUUUUCUCCGAUCACCAUAGAAAUACGGACUAGUCCUCAACGGACGACUAGGGAUCCUAAAGAGAGAAACAAAAAGCUUCUUUUA